GAUAGAGAGAAAAUCCAUCCUGAUUGCAGGAUGGUGUCAAUUGGCUAAUUUGCCGCCUUCCUUAUUCCAAGUCGUGUUAGAUUAGGAGAGGCGUGUGCAAAAAGUCUGUGAUAUAGGAUGAGCUAAUAGAGCCAUGCAAGUGGAGAAUUGCAUCUCGCUGACGAGUGAAAUCUCAAAGAAAUUUAUGAAUGUGGGCAGUGGCUUUGCGAGCUCCAAUGGAUCAGAGGAGCUAUCGUUGCAGGACCAUCCUAUUAUAUCUGCGAGUGACAACCUGGAGAGAAGUUCACCUCUGAAAAAAAACUCCAGGGAGAUGACGAAUCAGUCAGAGGCAGACAAUUUCCCCGACUCCAAGGACGCGUCGGGGGACGUCCAGAGGGGCAAACUCUCUCCUGAUCUCCACGGAGUCUCUGACAUCCGUCAUAAUUUCGAUGGAUCUGCAGGAGAAAGGUGCAUCUUUUCUCCGUCCGCCCAGCCGUCAGUCUCCGCAGCUCCCACUGCCAUGUUUCCAUAUCCGAGUCAGCAUGGACCGGCGCACCCGGCUUUCUCCAUCGGGAGUCCGAGCCGCUACAUGGCCCAUCAUCCGGUCAUAACUAACGGAGCGUACAACAGCCUUUUAACCAACACCUCUCCGCAAGGCUACCCAACGGCAGGUUACUCUUACGCCCAGCAGUAUGGACACACGUAUCAAGGGGGAGCUUUUUACCAGUUCUCCUCUGCGCAGGCGGGACUGGUACCGGGGAAGGCGCAGGUGUACUUGUGCAACAGGGCCCUGUGGCUGAAGUUUCACAGGCACCAAACGGAGAUGAUCAUCACUAAACAGGGACGGCGAAUGUUUCCAUUUUUAAGCUUCAACAUUUCUGGUCUAGACCCAACCGCUCACUACAAUAUAUUUGUGGAUGUAAUACUCGCCGAUCCGAAUCACUGGCGAUUCCAAGGAGGAAAGUGGGUGCCGUGUGGGAAAGCGGACACAAAUGUCAUAGGGAAUAGAGUUUACAUGCACCCGGACUCACCAAACACCGGUGCGCACUGGAUGCGUCAGGAAAUAUCCUUUGGAAAACUCAAACUCACCAACAACAAAGGUGCCUCCAACAACACAGGCCAGAUGGUGGUGCUCCAGUCCCUCCAUAAGUACCAGCCCAGGCUCCAUGUGGUGGAAGUGAACGAAGAUGGGACAGAGGACACCAGCCAACCGGGCAGAGUUCAGACUUUCACCUUCACGGAGACGCAGUUCAUCGCCGUCACCGCCUACCAAAAUACAGACAUUACGCAACUGAAAAUCGACCACAACCCGUUCGCCAAAGGAUUUCGGGACAAUUAUGACACUGUAUACACAGGCUGCGACAUUGACCGCCUAACUCCAUCACCGGGUGACUCUCCGCGCUCACAGAUCGUGCCGGGUGCGAGAUACGCCAUGCCCAGCUCUUUCCUGCAGGACCAAUUUGUCAGCACUUAUGCCAAAUCUCGCUUUCACCCUGGCGUGGGGACUGGUCCUGGCACGGAGCGCAGCGUCCCACUCGGCAACAGCUUGCUGUCCCCGCAGCAAAGCGAAGAGCCCACUGUUGCCACCCCCCCGCAGCGUUGGUUUGUCACCCCUGCCAACAACCGACUGGACUUUGCCGCCUCGGCAUACGACGCGGCCGAUUUCGCCGGUAACGCGGCCACCUUGCUGUCCUACGCAGCGGCCGGAGUAAAGGCUCUCCCCCUUCCGACAGCGGGCUGCUCCAACCGGCCCCUUGGCUACUACGCAGACCCGUCUGGCUGGGGAGGACGCACGCCGCCGCAGUACUGCGGCGUAAACAGCAAACCCAGCUCGGUCUUUUCCUGCUGGCCCACCAACUCCCUCGGAGGCAGAGCGGGCACCAACUACCUGUCGGAGGAGGGAGACUCCAUCGCCACGGAAAGGUCGCCCAUCGGUGGCUCGGAAGAGACCAAACCCAAAGACAUCACCUCAGAGUCCAGCUGGAUAGAGACGCCGUCGUCGAUUAAAUCAAUCGACUCGAGCGAUUCUGGGAUCUUUGAGCAGACCAAGAGGAGACGGAUCUCACCCUCUGCCACCCCGGUCUCAGAGACAGUGUCCCCAUUAAAAUCCGAGCUGCUGGCACCAAGAGAGUGCGAGAAGAACUGUACAAAGGACAUUGGUUACUACAGUUUUUAUCCUCACAUGGCACAUUCUGUGAGAACUGGUUUUACUGAGCAAGAAGGAGAAGGAGAGCACAUGCAUCCCAGUACUUUACAGGUUCCCUGGGGCUUCAACGGUCAGAGGAAUGAUGAUGAGGCAGUGGUGGACCAAGGGGGAGCGCGGUCUCAGCUAAGAGCCGACUUUGAGCAGGAAGAUUUUGAAGGACACAGGACUCUCUACAUUGGGGUUCACGUCCCUUUAGGUAGUAUCAGGAACCGUAGUCAUCACAGGCACCGUCACCAUGGAAAGAAACACUGGAGGAGGAGCAGAGAGCGAACCUUUCCCUUGGUGGAGGGAAGAGAGUCACCACUUUAUGACACUCCUUCCCAGAGGGUGCAGUUCCUGCUGGGAGCAGAAGACGAUGAUGAGGAACACAUUCCCCAUGACCUCUUCACAGAAAUGGAUGAAAUCUGUAUAAGGGAUGGAGAGGACUCUGAGUGGAGGGAAAGUGCCAGGUGGCUGAAGUUUGAGGAGGAUGUGGAGGAUGGGGGGGAGCGAUGGAGCAAACCCUACGUAGCUACGCUGUCUCUCCACAGUCUGUUUGAACUGCGCAGCUGCAUCAUUAAUGGCACUGUACUGUUCGACAUGAGGGCAAAUUGCGUUGAAGAGAUUGCAGAAAUGGUCUUAGAUCACCAAGAGUUAUAUUCACCACUAGGAGAUGAAAUUAGAAAAAAGGUGCACGAAACUCUCCUGAAGCAGCACCAUCACCAGAACCAAAAGAAGCUGGCUAACCGCCUGCCGAUUGUGCGCUCCAUCGCUGACAUUGGCCGACGAGCGUCAGAGCUCCAUCUGGACAAGAAUGGUCAGUUAACGGCGUCUCAGUCCCAGUUAGCGGGUCCUGAUGGCAAAGGUGACAUCAGCAGAGACAGCAGUGCUGUGGACUUUAGCAAGAUAGACCUUCAUUUCAUGAAGAAAAUCCCACCGGGGGCAGAGGCCUGUAAUGUGAUGGUUGGAGAGCUGGAGUUUCUGAACAAGCCAGUGGUGGCAUUUGUUCGCCUUUCUCCUGCAGUCCUGCUAAAUGGCUUGACUGAAGUCCCGAUUGCCACAAGGUUUUUGUUUAUUUUGCUCGGACCUUUGGGUAGGGGGGCUCAGUACCAUGAGAUUGGAAGAUCCAUAGCAACACUCAUGACAGAUGAGGUUUUCCAUGAUGUUGCAUACAAAGCUAAAGACCGGAAUGACCUAAUUGCUGGGAUUGAUGAGUUCCUUGAUCAAGUGACUGUCCUUCCUCCAGGAGAAUGGGAUCCCUCAAUACGCAUAGAGCCACCAAAAAAUGUACCUUCUCAGGAAAAGAGAAAGAAAAGCAACCUUUUACCAAACGGCUUAGUAGAGGGUGAAGAGGAGGAUGAAGACAGUGGCCAUGGUGGUCCUGAACUGCAGCGCACUGGAAGAUGGUUUGGUGGCCUUAUUCUGGACAUCAAACGGAAGGCUCCCCACUACCUUUCAGACUACUAUGAUGCUUUUAGCUUGCAGUGUGUGGCCUCCUUCUUGUUCCUCUACUGUGCCUGCAUGUCUCCUGUCAUCACCUUUGGAGGACUGCUGGGCGAGGCAACAGAGGGAAGAAUAAGUGCCAUUGAGUCAUUGUUUGGAGCUUCACUGACUGGAAUAGUCUAUUCGCUGUUUGCUGGACAGCCUCUCACCAUUUUGGGAAGCACAGGCCCUGUGCUGGUGUUUGAAAAAAUACUUUUUAAAUUCUGCAAGGAGUAUGGCUUGUCCUAUCUGUCAUUGAGAACCUGUAUUGGCCUGUGGACUGCUUUUCUCUGUAUUCUGCUGGUGGCCACAGAUGCCAGUUCCCUUGUUUGUUACAUCACCCGUUUCACAGAGGAAGCGUUCGCCUCCCUCAUCUGCAUCAUCUUCAUAUAUGAAGCAUUAGAAAAACUUUUGCGCCUGGGUGAAAAAUAUCCCUUCAACAAGAACAACAAUUUGGACAAACUCACCACAUACUCAUGCGCUUGUGUUGAGCCUUCAGACCCCACUAAUGGCACUGUGAAGUUUUGGGAGGUCAACAACAUAACUGCCUCUGAAAUUUAUUGGGAAGCCCUGGAGGUUAAGGACUGUAUUGAAAAGAGAGGGGAGUUUGUAGGAACUGCCUGCGGUCCAAAUGGACCCUACGUUCCUGAUGUUCUCUUCUGGUGUGUCGUUCUUUUCUUUUCUACCGUUAUUAUGUCUGCGUUCCUGAAGGAGUUCAAGUUCAGCAAUUACUUCCCAACAAAGGUGCGGGCUAUCAUCAGUGAUUUUGCUGUUUUCAUCACUAUUCUCACCAUGGUCUUGGUUGAUUAUGCUCUUGGGAUCCCCUCACCAAAGCUGAAGGUGCCCAACGUGUUUAAGCCAACCAGAGAUGAUCGAGGUUGGUUGAUAAACCCCUUGGGACCCAACCCCUGGUGGACAGCCGUCAUAUCUGUUAUACCAGCUCUACUUUGUACAAUCCUUAUCUUCAUGGACCAGCAAAUUACAGCAGUCAUCAUAAACAGGAAGGAAAACAAACUCAAGAAAGGUUGUGGGUACCACCUAGACUUGUUGAUGGUUGGGAUGAUGCUGGGUGUGUGCUCCAUAAUGGGAUUGCCAUGGUUUGUAGCAGCUACUGUCCUCUCCAUCACACAUGUUAACAGCUUAAAACUGGAAUCUCAGUGUUCGGCCCCUGGGGAGCAGCCGAAAUUCCUCGGCAUCAGGGAGCAACGUGUAACAGGCCUCAUGAUCUUCAUGCUCAUGGGCUGCUCGGUCUUCAUGACGUCAGUGCUAAAGUUCAUUCCUAUGCCAGUGUUAUAUGGAGUUUUCCUUUACAUGGGGGCAUCUUCUCUCAGAGGCAUCCAGUUUUUUGAUCGUCUCACGUUGUUUGGGAUGCCAGCCAAGCAUCAGCCAGACUUCAUCUACCUACGACAUGUACCCCUAAGGAAGGUGCACCUUUUUACUAUCAUCCAGCUUAGCUGUUUGGUUCUUCUCUGGGUUAUCAAGACCUCCAGGGCUGCCAUUGUCUUUCCCAUGAUGGUCUUGGCUCUGGUGUUCAUCAGGAAGUUAUUGGACUGUAUCUUUACCAAGCGAGAGUUGAGCUGGCUGGAUGAUCUCAUGCCAGAAAGCAAGAAGAAAAAGCUCGAGGAUGCUGAAGAGGAAGAAGAGCAAAGUAUUCUUGCAGAAGAUGAAGGAGCUGUUGAAGUGCCACUCGAGGGGUACAAAGGAAUUCCCAUCAUCAACAUCACAGAUGAAAUGUCAAAAGGCUCAUUUGGAAAUACUUGGAAUGCCAAUGAAUGAGGAAAAUACAACAGAAAUAAAACCAGCUAUUCUGGCUUUCAAAGUUAUUUGGUAAGGUUGUUUAUUCUUGUAAACACAGAUUGGUAAAGAGUUUGUAACAUAAGAAAUGAAAACUAUCUGUAGAGAUUUUUUUUUCAAGUGUAAAGUAAAUCUAAAAAAACAGAGGAAAUAUAUAUCUGAAAGGAGACAUACCAAAGCUUUUUUCACACAGCCAGAGCUUCGAUCACUGAAACUAAAGAAUUGACCCCAAACCCUGGAGAAUGGUCACACACAUUUAAACACAAUACGCCUCUGAAUCUGCUGAGCUGAUUUGUGUUUUAAUGUUGGCUAGCACUUUGUGGCUAAAUUGCUAUUUUCAUUUUUGCUUCAACUUUGUUAUAACGCCACUAGCGACUCAUUGUGGAAUUUAGGAGGGAAGAAUUUUAUGAAUGGAGUUAUAUCAUGUUUGGGGUUUUAUCAAAGUACCACACUAGAAUAAAUCAAGUAUCUGCGAGCAGCUCUUUCUUUCACAAAUGCUUGUAGAAUCAAUGGGCCUAAACGUUUGAAUGUACAAAUCUGUGGCCAUGAACAGGGUAGGAACACUGUGUUUCAAUGAUACUGACUUAGAUAUUUAUCUAGCAUUUUCUGCUAUCUAUCUAUCUAUCUAUCUAUCUAUCUAUCUAUCUAUCUAUCUAUCUAUCUAUCUAUCUAUCUAUCUAUCUAUCUAUCUAUCUAUCUAUCUAUCUAUCUAUCUAUCUAUCAGAUUUUUUCUGUUCGGUGAUGGAAUGUAUUUCCAUUUUCAGUCUUUAAGGAUUAAACUUUCAAAUUAAAUUAAUAUAUAAACAGUUUAGUUAAAAACCAAUAAAACUGCAACUUUAAAAAUACAUAUGGUUAUUACAUGUAAUGUGCACAAAUUUCUGUUUAUGUGAUAGAUGUUUUGUAAGGGUAUUUUCACCCAUAUUAAUGCAACAGUACCUGCCACCACAUAUGGCUAUUUCUGUAUUUAUGUUAUAGUGACAGUUAUUCAAUCUUUAGUGUUAUAAUAAUAUUAAAUUACCUGAAACAAUAAGUCAUUUUACUUUGUCAAAUGUUUUACCAAGGAUAAAACUGACUUGUGUAGUACACUGUUUUGAAAGUAUUAAUGGAAAUAUUUUAUUAUCUGUAUGUUGUCAUUGUACUGACCUCUGUAAAUGAAAGAAGUUUCACUUUUUGAAUGUUUAAUGGAUAUUGUAAAAUGAUGAAAUUCUCCUGUAUAUAGUUGAGAGAAAUCCUAAUAAAGAAUAU